CCCCGCGCGGGGAGCCGCUCUGGCGUGUGGGGCGGCGGGCAGCGCUGGCCCCGCCACCCCCGCCACCAGGGGGCGCCCGCGGGAUCCCGGCGGGAGCGCGCGCCACGUGGCCCGGAAACGCGCUGGGCGCCGGCGUGGUGGCGAGGCCCUGCGAGGUGGGCCGGCGACCUGGGCUGGCGGAUGGCUGCGGGAGGUGGGGGCCGCGUGGGGUCCCCGGAGGGCGAGGUGGGCGGCGCGGGCGGGGCGGACGCCGGCACAGAGCUGCUGCCCCGCGCUGCCCUCCCCCCCAGACGCGGCAUGUUGCCCGGGCCGCCUCGGCGCUGGGACGCGGGCAGAGAGGCGCCGGAGGAACGGGGCCCCUCGGCGGGCAGUGACUCCGGCGAGGCCUGGACCUCUGGAGAGGAAGCCCUGGGGGAGCCAGGAACAUCCCCACAGGACAGCCCGCAGCCCUGGUCACGAAGGCCUUCCUGGACCCAGAGAGAGCAGCUGCUGGCCCGGUCCCCACCAGGCCUGGCUGCUGAGCACUCCCCGGGAACCCCAGUUGCCCUUUCCCCCCAGAUGGCCUGGGAGGUGGCCCCCUCAAGGAUGACUGUGUUAGCACCGUGGGACCUCAACUACAAGGCCAAAGCAGGGCCACAGAUGGUGUGGGGACCUAGCUGUGCUUCUGGUGCCUCCUUCUCAAGCCGGACCUUGUGUCAUCCCUCAUUUUGGCCGCUGUACGAGGCAGCCUCAGGCCGGGACCUCAGACCCCUGGCCCCAGCAGCAGGAUGUCAGAAUGGAGAGCAGGCACCCAGGGAUGCAGGGUUCCCAGUGAUGUGCCAUGAAGAUGUCUUUCUGUCAGAUCCGCUGCUUCCCUGUGGGCAGCGUGUCCCCCUGUACCUGUCGGAGGCCUCUCAGCAGGUCAUGGGCUCUCUGAAGCUGCUGCUUCCACCUCCUAUCAUGUCUCCCUGGGUGCUCCACACACCAUCCCCGGGCUGCUCCACUGCCUGGCUCAGUGGGCCUGAGCUGAUCGCCCUUACAGGCCUCCUGCAGAUGAGCCAGGGGCCUCCUAGACCUGCCUCCUCCGGGGCUCCCACGUCCCCUGUUGGCCCCCCAGGCCCUGUACCUGUCCACCCAGGCCCCAGUGGUGGCCCGAACUCUUCUCACUGCACUGACCCAUCUGUUCCAUGAACCCCAGACACCUCAUUGAACACAGCCCUUUUGGGGGUAGAGUGGGUCCCCUUCUCCCCUGGGCAGGUUCUCUUGACAAUAAAAGUGUUGGUUUGCAAACAG